CAACAAAGUAAAAGGGCCGUCAAAGGGCACUCACGCCUGACGCGCCCCGAAACAAAAGAAAUGCGUAGAAAGUGACACCACCAGGAUGUACCAUCAACGCGCGUGUGUUUACACGCUGCUCUUCAAUCAAAGGCAUACUCCAGAGAAUAUAAGAAAGUCAAGCAAAAGCAAAAGCGAAGAGGAAGAUACCCACUUUGCCAUUUCUUCUCCUUCUUCUUCUACUUAUCAGCUUCCUUUAUCUGAAUGUUCUCUUUGGUCCUGAGGUGACAGAUAAAGAAAGAGGAGAAGGGUAUUUGAAGAAACUUUUAAUAAAUCUUUUUCUUUCUUUUUUGUGGAAAGAAGAGAUAGAUAAUAGAGAUUCUGCCAAACAUGAACGAGAAGGCCAACGUUUCUAAAGAACUUAAUGCUAAGCACAGAAAGAUCUUGGAAGGUCUCCUUAAAUUACCAGAGAAUAGGGAGUGUGCAGACUGCAAAAGCAAAGCUCCACGAUGGGCUAGUGUGAAUCUGGGAAUCUUCAUUUGCAUGCAAUGCUCAGGGAUACAUAGAAGUCUUGGAGUACACAUAUCAAAGGUAAGAUCUGCCACUUUAGACACAUGGCUUCCAGAGCAAAUUGCAUUUAUCCAAUCUAUGGGGAAUGAGAAAUCAAAUUGCUACUGGGAAGCUGAGUUGCCCCCUAAUUAUGAUAGAGUUGGAAUGGAGAAUUUCAUUCGUGCAAAGUAUGAAGAAAAGAGAUGGGUUCCUAGGGAUGGUAAGGUAAAAUCACCUUCAAAGGUGAGUGGGGAGAAAGGUUCAAUUUUUAGAUCAGGACCAGAGACUACUGGGAAUAAGCAAAUGAAGAAUAUUAACCAUGCUUCUGAGGAGAGGAAAAUUAUUCCUCCACCUAAUACAAAUGACAAUAGACCUUCUAGAAGUUGCACUCCAGCAUCUGUUAAUGCGCCUGAACAGGUCACUCUUGAUACAAAACCACAACAACCUGUACAAAAUUCAGAACAAGCAGCAGUCUCAAAAGCUCAGUUGUUAAAGAAGGAAGACAAAAAAACACCAGUUGCAACUCCAGUAAAAGUGGAUUAUGCAACUGAACUUUUUAACUUGCUUUGCAUGGAUGAUUCUGGUGGAAACUGCUCCAAGACUCCCACUGAUUGUUUCCAAUCUGCCAAGGUAGAAUCAACAUCAAGGAGAAGUGAUUUGUCAAAUAUAUCUGAAAGCAAGAAGCAGUUUGCAUCAAAUUUAGAGCAGCCUCAAAAUUAUGCAAAUAAUGAUAUCAUGAAUCUCUUUGACAAGUCCAGUAUGGUUUCUCCUCUUCCUGCCCAUCAGCAACAGCUUUCUACAUUGUCCCAACAACAUCAGGUCCUCACGGCAGCUGCAGUGAAGUCUGGUGGUAUAUCCCAAACCUUUCCUGUCAAUGUGCAUAAAUUCAGUCCCAACGGUAUUCAUUUAUGCAGUCAGAAUUGGGGAAGCACCAGCCAUCAAUUUCCUGGAAUGAUAAUGCCAACCAAUAAUCUACCAAAGUAUAUUCAGAUUGGAAGCAACCAGCACAUGUAUCCAGCAGGGAACUCAGUUAAUUUUCCAGUAUCAAGCAUGCAUAGCUCAGGACCAGUAGCUGCUAUUAAUGGUGCAACAAAUAUCAGAUCAAAUAUGCCUCCUCCAGCAUUCCCAGCCAUGCCAACUCAACCUCCAGGAUACUAUGAUUUCUCCUCAUUAACACAAGGGAUGUUUACAAAACGAUGACCAGUUGCCUUAUCCCAUUAUAAAGAUUAGUUAAAUCACAAGAAAAUUUGGUUUAUAUUGCUUCUGGGGUUGCUGCUUUUGUUUCAUUCAUUUGUAUUGAUAUCAUUAUUUGAUAUAAUAAAGUUGUUUCCACAUUAAUUUA